AAUUUCAGUCUUAACUUUCCCUCCUUUUUAUAAACUCCAAAACCCUCCUUCCUGCCUUCACUCAAUGAAAAGUUACAACUACAAAUUAAAAAACAGAACAGCAAAUAACAAGAUGGGGAGUUGCUUGUUCCGAGGAGUAGCAGGGGACGUCGCCGGAAACGGCGGUGCCAUUAAGGUGAUAACCUCCACCAACGGCGUCAUGGAGUUUUUCGCGCCAAUCACGGUGGAGUCCAUCGCCGACGAGUUUCCCGGCCACGGCAUCUUCAGGAGGCACGACCUUUUCUGGAAUCCCCUGCCCCACCACGAACUCCUCCUUGCCGGAAACUCCUAUUAUCUCCUCCCACUCGACAAGAACUGCAGCAGCCGGAGAAGGAGCGCCGUUGAGGCCACGCCGGCGCCGGCAUUCGAGAUCGGACACGUCAGAUCCAACAGCGCGCCUCACAUUCAGCCGCUCUCUGUUGCCACGUACAGAAUGUCGUUCGACAGCCGCCGGGGAAUACUACUCAAGAAAUCUUCCACCGGCGGCGCUCCGUCAUUGUCCGGCGGGAAAGGAAACGAUUCCGGGCUUGGGUACGGUGGUGGGUUUUGGAAGGUGAAGCUAGUCAUCAGCCCGAAACGGUUGAUGGAGAUUCUGUCGCACGAGGCCGCCACAGAGGAGCUGAUCGACAGCGUGAGGACCGUGGCGAAGUGCGGGAAGGGCGGCGUUGCCGCCGGAGUUUCAUCGGUGGCGUUUUCCGAUCAGUGGAGUCUCUCCAGCAGUAGAAAUGCUUCGUCCAAGAAAGAUGGGAUCCUGUCGGGAUGACCGAAACAGGGCUAUGUUUUUGGGUUGACUAAUGAUGUAGAUGGAGUCAAAAUUGGUUGUGUAAUAUAGUCCGUACAUAGUUGCAUGUUCUCAUUCCACCCUGUCUUUGAUCAUCAUCCCAUGGCUGUGGAGUUAUUUCAUAGUCUACUUUGAGUUAUACACCAUAUUUAUCCUUUGAACAACUCCAUCAGACAAAAGACAAAAUUAUGGUUCGUCUCAUUUUUU